CUUCAGCUCAGACUCUGAGGGGUUAAAGUCAAAGUGAAAGUAACUUGUGUCUGGAAUCACGUGACUUCCUAUCAACUACGGGAACCAGCUCAGCUCUGCUGCAUUCACUCACCGAUCAUGAGUGGCCCCCGGUUGUUAGUAACCAUCUUGUCCAGUGUCUAAUACAACUCACGAAGACCAUCUAGUUACUCCAGUGACCAGACACCUUGUCCUUCAUCUGAAGCUUAGUCCUGGAAAUAUCAGAAAGUAAAUCCUCGAGUGGAGAAGCAGUAAUAAAAGGUCAUAAAGUCAAAGACAGGACACUAAAGAUGGCGAUGGUUGGAAUCUUCUCCAGGAGCAGCACCCAUAACUACCGAUGGUUACUACAGUUCCUGUAUUCUUUCCUUCCCGAGGACAAUGUCCGUUCUGUGCUCAUCACCAAUAAUUCUCCUCUGUUCAUUAGCGGCAUCUCAUUCGCUAUUUUAUAUCAUUCAAAGACCAGAGGGCGAAUCAAUGUCACCGAUGUGACGGACGCCUUAUAUGACAGUGAGCUGAAGGAGUUGUCUCGAGCUCUGGGGGCAGAGAAUGUGAUUGUGGUGAUCGACGAUCUAGAUGAUAACAGCGAACAACAGAAGAACCAGAUUCUGGAUAACCAGCCCAGUAUCAGGAUUCUAGCUCGUGAUCUGUUCCUCUUCAAUGCACAGAAUAAAGAAGACCUAGAGAUAAACCCAACCAAUGCCUCCAACAAAUCUCAGAUACAGGAGCUGAUUACAGAACGAUCUUCAGUUUCAUUCAUCUCUCUGUUUUACCUGUGUUUCUUCUGCUCAGGUUUAAACUCAAGGACAAAUGAGAUGCGGUCCCGCAGGAGAUGGAUGGUCGGCAUUACGGCAGUCGUGCUGCUCUUUGUGUACAUGUUUUCUGUUUUCUGGUAUAACCGCAGGGUCUUGCUGUGGUGAUAUACUGGACAGUCCUUCUCACUGUUUCUCCAGCAUCUUGUGGCUUUCAUAUCAUAUCUGCAGUGCUCCUGAAAUCCUAUUUUUGUAUUGUCCUCUGUUUGUAGAUUUUGUUCUAUGUGUAAAUAGAACAAAUAGUAAAAUAUCAUCAAUUUUGAGCUUCAUCCUGAGGAAGAACCUGAAAGACAUUUGUGCCCCUCCGUAACAUCAUUAACUUUACUUUGUACAAGUUGAGGAACUGAGAUAAGAAAUGAGUGGACAGAAGAACACAAUGGGUGUGUCAUCUGUUGGGUCUGUAAUCUGGGCCCUCCACUGAGGAUCAGAAUGAAGGGUCCCAGGUAGAGGAAUCUCAGGCUCGAUGGUCUUCAGAGCUCCUACAGACUUGAAUGUGAACAUAAUGGGACAUGGAAUCACUACUGAAGCCUAUGUAUGACCCAGGAGCCUCCAGACUGGAGAUCCAGAUCUGAGUGACCACUUCACGACAGUCUCAAAGGUUUUGACUUCUCCGGCUUUGAAAGAUCUGAAUUCUGGUUCCAUUAACAGUGACUGUUAAAACUGGAAACCAAUGAGUGUAAAGUUACCUGCUAUAACCUGAGAACCCCGCACCCACACAGCAAUAACACCCCAACAUAGGUGCAGUAUUUUUUGUGUGUGGUGCACAUGGACUGCAGACCUAUAGAAGUAUAUGCUACAAUAAAGACCUCCAUUAUUCUGUAUGACCUGAUAGUCCAUGUUGAGAAACUCAGGGCUUACACUACUUUGGCCUUUCUCUCACAUAAAGAGUCGACUAUCUUUGAAUAAUAUACGAUGAGACUCUUGGUUACUGGGUCGGAGUUGUAUUUGGCCUCAUGUCAGGCACGUGCAAGAUGCUGUAGAGAAUCCUGGUUGAGGUGAGCUUGUGACACACACAGUAAUGCGAGAUACACAAUGUGGUUUCUUCCUUGUUUUCAGCUUAGAGGAAAAAUCGUCUUUGAGUAACAGAAAUUAUUAUCACCAGCUACAAUCCGAUUGUUCAGUCAUAUCGCCAAUUUCUCCUCUGGACUGUGGGCUGUAUGGUGGUCUUUACCUGAACGUCUGCAGAAGUCAGAGUGAUGAAACAGCAAGCUUACCACUGGCAUUAUAUGACACCAUUAAGCUGGGCCUGUGGUGGCUCUGUCUGUGCACUGUAUGCUAUUAAAUAUCUACACACUACAU